AUAGUCUGGUGCAUAAGCAGAUUACCAGUUACAUCUUUACAACGUUGUUCAAAUCAAAAUGGAGUUGGACGUGGUGCAAGUUUUUAUAAUUUCCGUUUUAGUACUUUUGCCGCUUCUGUACGAACUAAGCGGAACCUUUAAAUACUACGCUAAGAUGUGGUUAUUUUACGCCAUCCUCAUGAUCGGAUCAUUACUCAUAAUUGUAUUGGGGUUGCAUAGAUGGCGAGAUCCAGAGAAUGCCAAGUUAAUUUGUUGGAUAUUGUCGUACACAUCAAAGUUAUUUGGCAUCCGAGCUGAGAUACGCGGUUCUGAGAAUCUAAGACAUGAUAAACCCUGUAUAGUGGUUGCUAACCACCAAUCUUCACUGGACUUAUUUGGAAUGUACAUGAAUGGUGUGUGGCCCGAAAGAUGUGUACCCCUGGCAAAGAAAGAACUUCGGAUGGUUCCAUUUUAUGGAUGGGUGGCUUGGCUGACCGGAGCAAUAUUUAUUGACAGACUCAACACAGAGACUGCUAAAGGAACCAUUGAAGGAACAGUCAAAAUUCUCAGAGAUCAGAAUCUGAAAAUUUGGGUAUUUCCUGAAGGAACACGAAACCAUGAUGCUGGAUUAUUACCAUUCAAGAAAGGUGCCUUUCACCUAGCUAUAACAGCUCAGGUGCCCAUUUGUCCUGUUGUGUUCUCGUCAUACUCAGAAUUUUACAGCAAAAAAGAAAAGCGUUUUGGAACUGGAAAAUUUACGGUCACAAUUCUCCCACCGAUCAUGACAGAUGGGAAGACAAGCGAAGAUGUCGCAGAACUGACUGAACAAAUACGCAAACAAAUGCUGAAUGUGUACAAUGAAAGCUCAAUGCAAAGACUGGAGAGCAAUGGUGUUAACUAGGCCAGGAACAUUCCCCGAAGAGGUUUGGUUUGCAACUGCAGUUCCCAUGUGUCGGGUACCAGCCUAUUUCACGCAGAUUCUUUAAUGCAAAGUCUGGCUUCCUGAGGACAGUACAUUUGUUACUAAGACUUUAGGUUAUAGGUACCAGUUGUCAUCUAACCCGAAGACCAUCUUAGUCUGGCUCCCUUAAGGCAUUGCAUAUGAAACAAGGUUUUAUGCCUUUGACACUAGAUCAUAAGGCUCUUUGGACACAAUGCUGGAGCUAAGGUUAGAAAAGCUCUAAAUGUACUCUUCAGCAUUCAGAGUUGUCAGUUGUUACUGAUAACCAUUGGCUAUCAGUAAAGAGUAAAGACCAGCUGAUCAAGCCCACAACAGGCUAGAGCUGGAGUGAUAAAGGAAAACAUUGAGACUUUCUAGGUCCUGUCCUGCUAGAUUUGCAUUGGCCGACGGCUUUAAAGGCAAGCACCAGUCUAGCACUUGAAGAUUGGCAUUUUUUCUGAGCUAGCCUGAACAUCUGAUGUCACACUUUGAGGCUCGUGAAUAACGCCAGAGACCUGCCUCCAGCGGUGUGUACAUGCACCUUUGACCUGCAUUUACUUCACAUUCUGCAGUCAAAUUCUAUUGCGGACUUGAUA